AUUACUUUUAAAGCUGGUUUAGCAGACUGUUAUGAAACUCUAAACUGGACAUGCAUUCUGGCAUGUGAGAAAAGUUUUUUUUUCACUUGCACAGUGAACAGCUAUGGGUUAAAUAUGAGAAAAACUGCAUGGAGUGUAAAAGAAUGGAUAAGAACACAGAUGCAGUCGAGACAAAUGACGGAAUGACAGGAAAUGGAAUUACUCCAGUUCAGCAAAUGAUUUCAUCAUGCAGUGGAGCAUUUGUAACCUCAGUAUUUGUUACUCCGUUGGAUGUGAUAAAGAUACGACUUCAGUCACAGAAGAAACCACUGGUCAAAGGCCAAAUUUUUCAGUACUGCAAUGGACUGAUGGAUCAUGUAUGUGUAUGUGCUGUUAAUGGAGGGUCAAGUUUAUCACCAGCACCAGAGUGUCCAUGGUAUAAAAGGCCUAUACCAAAACCUCUUACUGGCACAGCUGAUGCCUUUUUUAAAAUUCUUAAAUAUGAAGGAGUUGCUUCCCUUUGGAGUGGAUUGCCUCCAACUCUAGUCAUGGCUAUUCCUGCCACAGUUAUUUAUUUUUCAUGUUAUGAGAUAUGUCGUAAGAAGUUAGGUUACCAUGAAGGAUUAGAAGGCAGUGAUUGGUGGAAACCUAUGAUUGCAGGUGCCUCUGCAAGAACACUGUGUGUGACAGUUAUUAGUCCCAUAGAGAUGAUUAGAACCAAAUUACAGUCAGAACAGCUGUCGUACAACCAAAUCUGGAAGUCCCUUGGUCAGUCCAUCAAAACUGGAGGUGUGACCAUGUUGUGGAAAGGCCUUGGACCAACACUGCUUAGAGAUGUUCCUUUUUCAGCACUGUAUUGGUUGUCAUAUGAGAGUAUGAAAGCCCGUGUACUGCUACAGAGAGGAACAUCAAAAAUGACUUUUGCCGAGAGUUUCACAGCUGGUGCUGUGUCUGGAACAAUUGCUGGUAUCCUGACUCUGCCAUUUGAUGUGAUAAAGACACACAGACAGAUUGAGUUAGGAGAAGUAUUAAAAGAAAAUAAAAAUGCAACCAGGUCGACAUGGAAACUCAUGAUGAAAAUGCAAGCUGAUCAUGGAUAUCAUGCUCUCUUUACAGGACUGGUUCCCAGAACUAUAAAGGUAGCCCCAGCUUGUGCCAUCAUGAUCAGUUCGUAUGAAUACUUCAAGGCUUACUUCAGAGAACAAAACAGACUGAAUAACUCAUAGUAUUUGUUGUCAGAUACACAACACAAACAAUAAAGUGUUCACUGUGUGAAAUCCUUAUUAAAUAAACUGGAAGGAAAUAUUCCACAUAUCUAAUUUUGCACAUAUGUAAUCGACAGUUUGCUGAUGGUUUUGUUCAUGAAUGGUGCAUAGAUACAGCUAUUUUAAUAGCUCUUGGUCUUUUUUAAAUGUUGUUGAGAUGAACAAUGUUUUGUAAACAUAAUAAGCAUGGUUAAGUGAUAUUCUUUGUGUGUACACAUAAGUAUCAAAUUCAAGGAUAAUUUUAGUGUAUGAAAGAGAUACUCUUUAUGUCUGUUUUGUAUGUAAUACUCGUAAUGCCAAAUAUUUUAUUAUAAACUGAUUUUUUUUAAUAGUUUAUGAUCGAUAACAUUGUAUAAUUAAUAAUCAAAGAUAACUUAUGUACUUCAGAAAGACAGAUCUGAAUGUUAUUAUGGUGCUCAUGUUCAUAUGUAGAAAAUAUAACAUGCAAUCACAGAUUUAAAAUCUUUAUUGUUAUCAUAAUUUUGUUUUGUUUUAUCAUAUUCUAUAUUUGUGUAUGAUCCUGCCACAAUUUUUUUGUGGAUACAAUAGUUAUAUUAUUAUUUAUUAAUGUAAUUCAUAGUUCUAUAACCUAGGACUUUCACAAGCUUUUUUAUUACAUGACUGGAAGAAUGAAAGUAAUUAUAAGUAUACUGUUCUGUGAUUAUUACUUUCAGAUUAAAAAUCAAUACAUUUCCUUUCGUUUUACAUGCAUUUAAAUUAGUUACAAUUCUUUCACUUAUGCAAUUGAAGAAAAAUAAUUAUCUAAACCAAAAAAAGUGUGUGGAUUCCACUUUUAUACGUGUGCUGUGAUGUAUAUCUUUUAUAUCUUUGUCUUUUAAUUUAUCUUAAGAGUAAACAACACAAUUUCUUCCUACCAAAUUAUUCAUAUUUAUAUAUGAAAUUAAAGAGUCAUACAAACUUUUUAUUUGGUAAAUGAUUAACCACUACUUUGAAUUGUAAAAUGGAGUAGAUUUAAAAUGAGGUGUCUGCUGAGAUCCAUUCACUCUUGACAGUUGAUUUAAAUAAUAAGUAACCGUCAAUAGUGGAAUAGUAUUGUACAUGACAUACAUGACAUAGUAAAGUGGUAAAAAUUAUUUAUAUUAUGAUUAAAAAGAAGAAUUCAUGAAUACCAAUUUAUCAUGGGGGUGUCCACUCUUUGUCACUAUGGGCCUCUGUGGCCGAAUGGUCUUAGUAGUUAAUCUUCUGUAUUCCUAGCCUGUCAACACUGAGGUUGUGAGCUGGAAACCCCGCAUGUGGCAGGUGCAUUAGACUCCAAUCUUACUUGACACAGGUCUGUGGUUCUUUCUGGUACUCCAGCUUCCUCCAACAAUAAAAACUGGCCUUCACGAAAUAGCCUAUAGUGCUGAAAGGGACAUCUUAAAUACCAACAAUUAAUGAUCAUGAAUCAAUCACUGUCACUAUCUAGAAGCAGACUGACAAGACACUAUAUUACAAAAUUGAAGAUAUUGGAAUUGUUUCUGAGCAGCCAAUUUACUACAAUUUCUAUGGUCCUGCGCUUAUAAAAGGCUAUAGGAUAUUUGAGGAUAUUUGAAUUCCUGAAAUUAUAAAGUCAGAGGAAAUAAUUUUUUCUUUUAUAUGUGAAAAUAUUUUAUUAUGUAACAUACUUAUGUAAAUAUAAAAAUAAAGAUUUAUAUGAUUAUUGGAGGUCAUGUCAUUCUAAACUAACUAAAGUGAAAUACUAAAAACUAAAAUAAUUAACCUGUAUCUUGAAAUCUUAUUACAUUUUAUAGAAUUAUCAUAAACUUUUUAUUGGUGCAAACUAAGUUAUGAUGUUCAUGGUUUGUUGUUUACGAGUAAUUUUAUGAACAUAAAUGUAUGGGUAUUUUUUUUAAAGUUUGAAUGUUGUGUAUUCAAUAUUUUGUUAUAUGUAUUAUGUUGAACUGAAAUUUUUUAGAGUUUUUAUAGGGACAUAUCCAGAAUUACUGUUCAUUUUGAAAAGGAACUUAAUACCAAAAAAAUAACUAUGAGGCAAAAAAUUUUACAUUGAUUUCAUUUACACAUUGAAGGAAAAUUAUAUGGCUUGUUUUGGAUAAGUUCUUCUUUCCCUAUGCUUUCACAGCAAAUUUACCAACUGCUUCAGGAAUACUGAAAUAAGAUAGGUAGAAUUGCCCUCAUUAGGCAAGCAGAUGCAUUAUUUUUAGAUAGUUUGGACAUUUUUAAUGGUUUUUCUUGAUACAUGAAGAAUAUAUCAAGGAUCAGCUAAAAUGAUUGUUGAACAACUACUUUAUGAAAACAGUUGUAUAAAAAUAAAGUGCCGAUUUAGAAAAUCUAAAAUUGAAUUAUUGCACCUGUGCCUUUUGAAGAAGAUGUUUAAAACAAUCAUAUGAAAAGUGUCAUUGCCCACACUUUCUGGUUUGGUAUGUAUGCUUAGCUUAUAAAGUAUUUUUUUCUGUAUAAAUAUUUAUUUCAAGUGAACUUGAGUGAAUGUAAAAAGGUGAGCUAUAUGCACAUACAAAUAAAUGUAAACAAGUUAUAAACAGACAAUUUUAUUUCUUGUGAAAAUGUUUUAAAAUUAAAAAAAAUAUAUAAGAUAGAAUAAGCAAUCAUGUUGCAUCAUGAUGAAUCUUUGCCUCUGUUUACUUGACAGUAGUAUUGAGACAUUUUAAGAUACAUUUUUUAAAACAUUAUAAAAAAGUGAGUAUUAUUAUGUAGGUAUUAGACUAAAUAUCACUUUUUAAAUUUGAACUUUGUUAUUAAAUGAAUUGAUUUGAUAUGUAAAAAGCUAUGUUAAUAUAACAUGUUUUAAAUGAAAAAUAAAUUGUUAAUAUAAAGAAAUAAAACUAUAUUUUCUCUAAUUUAA